UUGACUCCACUCAGAUCCAUCCUGGGGACCAGUGCAGGAGCGGUCCUCGCGGCACCCAGCCUUUGCCCAGGCUCCCACUUCUUCUUUGCCACUGGGCCUCGGCCCAGGAGCCACAACGGGCGACACGGAGCCGCCAGUGCUGGAGGGGGAGCCGUGGGUGCGGGGCAGCGUCGGGGCAGAAGCCCCGGGACGCCCGCCCGGCCCCAGGCCCCGCUCCGCCCGGGCGCCCCCACGGGUGCCCCCCCCUUCCUGGUCCGAGCAGUGUGAGUGUGCCCGGGAGCCCGGCGGCGGCGGCGGCGGCGUGGAAACCGGCGUGGGCUGGGGGGUCCGGGCCGCAGGGGGCAGUGCCAUGCACAAGCAUCAGCACUGCUGUAAGUGCCCCGAGUGCUACGAGGUGACCCGCCUGGCCGCCCUGCGGCGCCUCGAGCCUCCCGGCUACGGGGACUGGCAGGUGCCCGACCCCUACGGGCCAGGUGGGGGUAAUGGAGCCAGCGCGGGUUAUGGGGGCUACAGCUCGCAGACCCUGCCCUCACAGGCGGGGGCCACCCCCACCCCCCGCACCAAGGCCAAGCUCAUCCCCACUGGCCGGGAUGUGGGGCCAGUGCCCCCUAAGCCAGUCCCAGGCAAGAGCACCCCCAAACUCAACGGCAGCGGCCCCAGCUGGUGGCCCGAGUGCACCUGUACCAACCGGGACUGGUAUGAGCAGGCCAGCCCUGCACCCCUCCUAGUGAACCCCGAGGCCCUGGAGCCCAGCCUCUCGGUGAAUGGCAGCGAUGGCAUGUUCAAGUAUGAGGAAAUAGUACUUGAGCGGGGCAAUUCUGGCCUGGGCUUCAGCAUUGCAGGUGGCAUCGACAAUCCCCAUGUCCCUGAUGACCCUGGCAUCUUUAUUACCAAGAUCAUCCCUGGUGGAGCAGCUGCCAUGGAUGGGAGGCUGGGGGUGAAUGACUGUGUGCUGCGGGUGAAUGAGGUGGACGUGUCGGAGGUGGUGCACAGCCGGGCUGUGGAGGCACUGAAGGAGGCAGGCCCUGUGGUGCGGUUGGUGGUACGGAGGCGACAGCCCCCACCAGAGACCAUCAUGGAGGUCAACCUGCUCAAAGGUCCCAAAGGUCUGGGUUUCAGCAUUGCUGGGGGGAUUGGCAACCAGCACAUCCCAGGAGACAACAGCAUCUACAUCACCAAGAUCAUCGAGGGGGGUGCUGCUCAGAAGGAUGGACGCCUACAGAUCGGGGACCGGCUGCUGGCGGUGAACAACACCAAUCUGCAGGAUGUGAGGCAUGAGGAAGCUGUGGCCUCACUGAAGAACACAUCUGACAUGGUCUAUCUGAAGGUGGCCAAGCCAGGCAGCCUUCAUCUCAACGACAUGUACGCACCCCCUGACUACGCCAGCACUUUUACUGCCUUGGCUGACAACCACAUAAGCCAUAAUUCCAGCCUGGGUUAUCUCGGGGCUGUGGAGAGCAAGGUCAGCUACCCUGCUCCUCCUCAGGUUCCCCCAGCCCGCUACUCUCCCAUCCCCAGGCACAUGCUGGCUGAGGAGGACUUCACCAGAGAGCCCCGCAAGAUCAUCCUGCACAAGGGCUCCACAGGCCUGGGUUUCAACAUCGUAGGAGGAGAGGAUGGAGAAGGCAUUUUUGUCUCCUUCAUCCUGGCAGGAGGCCCUGCUGACCUGAGUGGGGAGCUGCGCAGGGGAGACCGGAUCUUAUCGGUGAAUGGCGUGAACCUGAGGAAUGCAACUCAUGAGCAGGCUGCAGCUGCUCUGAAACGGGCCGGCCAGUCAGUCACCAUCGUGGCCCAGUACAGACCUGAAGAGUACAGUCGCUUUGAAUCGAAGAUACAUGACUUGCGAGAGCAAAUGAUGAACAGCAGCAUGAGCUCUGGAUCUGGGUCCCUCCGAACAAGCGAGAAGAGGUCCCUGUAUGUCAGGGCCCUGUUUGAUUAUGACCGGACUCGGGACAGCUGCUUGCCAAGCCAGGGGCUCAGCUUCUCCUAUGGUGACAUUCUGCAUGUCAUUAAUGCCUCUGAUGAUGAAUGGUGGCAGGCAAGACUGGUGACCCCACAUGGAGAAAGCGAGCAAAUUGGUGUGAUCCCCAGUAAGAAGAGGGUGGAAAAGAAAGAAAGAGCUCGAUUGAAAACCGUGAAGUUCCAUGCCAGGACAGGGAUGAUUGAGUCGAACAGGUCGAUCAAAACGAAACGUAAAAAGAGUUUCCGCCUCUCUCGAAAGUUUCCAUUUUACAAGAGCAAAGAAAACAUGGCCCAGGAGAGCAGCAUACAGGAACAGGGAGUGACAUCCAACACCAGUGACAGCGAAAGCAGUUCCAAAGGACAAGAGGAUGCUAUUUUGUCAUAUGAGCCAGUGACACGGCAAGAAAUUCACUAUGCAAGGCCUGUGAUCAUCCUGGGCCCAAUGAAGGACAGAGUCAACGAUGACCUGAUCUCAGAGUUCCCACAUAAGUUUGGAUCCUGUGUGCCACAUACUACCCGGCCUCGACGUGAUAAUGAGGUGGAUGGACAAGACUACCACUUUGUGGUGUCCCGAGAACAAAUGGAGAAGGACAUUCAGGACAACAAGUUCAUCGAGGCUGGCCAGUUCAACGACAAUCUCUAUGGGACCAGCAUCCAGUCAGUGCGAGCAGUGGCUGAGAGGGGCAAGCACUGCAUCUUAGAUGUUUCUGGCAACGCUAUCAAGAGGCUGCAGCAAGCACAACUGUACCCCAUUGCCAUUUUCAUCAAGCCCAAGUCCAUUGAAGCACUUAUGGAAAUGAACCGACGGCAGACAUACGAACAAGCAAAUAAGAUCUAUGACAAAGCCAUGAAACUGGAGCAGGAGUUUGGAGAGUAUUUCACAGCCAUUGUACAGGGUGACUCACUGGAAGAGAUUUAUAACAAAAUCAAACAAAUCAUUGAGGACCAGUCUGGGCACUACAUUUGGGUCCCAUCCCCUGAAAAACUCUGAAGAAUCCCCUCCAACCAUUCUCUUGUGAACAGAAGAAAUCAAGUCCCUCUUCCCUCCUCCCUCUUCAUUCCUGUCCCCAUGGGGAGAACAAAUGACUACUGUUCUUGUCCCCUUUUUUAGCUAUGUCAAAAAAAAUUGAGUUUUCUAGUCCUGUUCUGUUUUUUUAAAUUUUUGUUUCGUUUUAGUUUAUUUUUGGGAUGAUGCCAUCUCACUCAUCAUGUGACUGUGCCCAUUCCUGCAUGGACCUUUCCCAAGCGCUAGCACAGGUGCAAAUCCAUCAGAGUCAUUGUUUUCAUAAAAACCAAGCAGACGCGAAGAGAAGAGAGGAGGACUGAUGGAAAGACAGACUCUGGACAGCUGCACGGCUUGUGAAGUGAGCUCAAUGCACCACGUGAUGAGAUGCUCCUGGGCAUUUCUACCUAUCUGUACUGCAGUCAUGCAGCUCUGAACGGUGCAACGUAAUGGCAACAGAAAGUAUCUUAUUUAUAUAUAGAUAUAUAUAUGUAAUUUAUAUAAAAUAUAUAGAAAUUAUUAUAUAUAUAUAUUAUACACUCUCAUAUAAUAUAUAUAUAUUCACACACAUUUGGACUAGAAAAUCUAUGGAGACUUCAUCAAUGGUACUGUGUUAUUAGAGAAAUGCUUUAAUUUUCAUAUUCCAAUCAGAUGGCAUCUUCUAUCCCAACUGGUUGAGGAGGAAUUGGAAAUGGUAGUAAGUGCUGUACCACGGGCACUCGCAUUUGGUCAUUCUCUUGAGAGCUGGGGGAUCUCUAGGAGGGGGUCAGCCAGCGGCCUGCGAGAAAGGGCUUUUGCCUGGGGAUGAGAAGGUUCGAGACUUGACCCUAAAGCAGCUGCUGCCCUGGAGGUGCAGUCAGUCCUGUGCGGAAAGAGAGAGAAUGGCUAAUGAUGCUCCAUAUUAAAUUGCCUAUUGUUUUAUGCCACCUGAUGUGUCUGCAUGAGAGGUUUCCUUUUUGUUCAUUUUUAAGCUGUUGUUAAACCAAAACCAUGUUGUGCUACUGUGUCAGCCUUUUCAUUAUUCCAAGUUUUGCUUUUACUAUUUAAGUGAAUGCGUAGAAUCCAAUUGGACAGUGUUCUGAAGGCUUGUGACGUUCUGGAGGAGCCGGGCCUGGUGCUAGAGUAGGUGCCCAGGCUCGGCCGUCCAGUCAGCGGAAGGGGCAAUGGGGCUGGUGAGAGCCGUGAGCAGGAGCUGGGGCUCUGCAUUGCAGUGUCCCUUUACUCACCUGCCAGGGACAUGCUGGGCGGAGCUGAGGCCCUUCGUGGGGCCCACCGACAGGGACAGGGAGUCACUUGCCUUCCAGUUCUGUGCUAGGCGGUGGGACAGCACUGGGCUUGGCCAGCCACGUAAUGAGAAGUUUGAUUUGGGUUUUUUUUGCUGCCGCUUCAUCUGCCCUACCCCAGCCCCUCACCAACAGCUGGGAGCUUACUGUUUCUUCAAGGAAAAAGUAGACUUUAAUGCUGUCAAUUUGAGCUGUAGAGUGAAGAUUCACUUACUGGAGAGAUGUGAAACCUUGUUGCUUUUUCCCAGAGUCAGAUGGCAGUAAUUGUGGUCAAGGGAGUUUUUCUCUGACCACAGAUGCAGGCGGCAGGGAUGGCUCGGGCCCCACCCCACCUCACCCCACCCCACCGUGCUCCUUUGAAGCCACUCUGCCUCCCUCGCCUCCAUGCUGGAGCCAUGACCCAGGGGAGGAGAGCAGGCAUGUGCUUGGCCCUAAGGUUGAGUCAGUAGUUUCCUAGCCCCCGCGUUACGACCAGUGCCAACGAUGCCACGUUGAAGAUGCUUUGAGCCCUACCAGCCAAAUUUAGGAACGUGUUACCAGUUCUCCGACCAGUAUGAGGCUGACUGUCAAGCGUGGGGCCCAGAUGGAGGGUAAAGAAAGGGCAGCAGCUUUCCAUGGGCCGCACGCUGGGGGAAGGCAAGGAGGGGCAAAGUGAUGGCCGACUGUGACUCUGGCGAGGAGGGGCGAGCAGGGAGUGCUGAUUUCUCUGAUGUUAGUAAGUGACGUGGUCCGAACGCUGCUCAACCCCCUCCCCCUCCCAGGGAAGAAAAGCAAAGACUCAAAGUAAGCAUGACACUAGUUGGUUUACCAGUGUUCCUUCCAAGGAGACAUAUAUUUUUUAAUAAAUGAUAGUUGCAAUGAA